AUGGCAGAGCCUCUCAAGGAUGCAUCCAAACAUGUGAUGGGAUCCGAUGACUGGACAGUGACUCUGUCAGAGGCAGAUCUGAUGACAUUCAAACAUGACCAACUAUCUCCUCGAGAACAAGUGCAUGCUAGAGAAGCUAUUGCCAUAGCACAGCAGUGUGGAAUCUUCAGUGCUAAAGGUGCAACACAGUCAACAGAGUCAUGUUGUUACCACCUCAUGAUAGGAGAUGAGCACCUUCAACUUGAACAGUGGAAGAUGGCCAUCCAAGCCAUGGUUGAGAGUGUGGGGAACAGCAAGAGGGUCAAUUCACAGAUGACAGAUGACAAAAUGGACCAUGGCAGUGUGAUGGGUAACGAUGCCCUCACAUUUGACAAAGUGGGUGGCACAUACAUGCUUGCACAAUUGGUGACUGAUGAACACACUCUCAAACCUAGUAAUGUGGAUGACUUAUUGGAGGAUCAGCAGCACACCUACAAUAUCAUUGAAUGGCACUUACAGCAGUUUGUGUCUGGGAGGUGUCCUGAUCAACUGCACAUGAUCAUACCAAGCAAAGGAGGUGUUUGA